AUGGGACCAUGGCGGUCUGCAGAGAUGGGUGGCGGUAGCGAGGAUCCUUACACGACGCCAAUCGCUACGCUCCACCGCGCCGCUUGGAGCGCAGCCGCUUGCGCAACUGUCCGUGCUUCAUGUCGUUUUGACCCAACUAUACCUUACUUCCUUGUUCUCGUGUUGCGAAACAACCUCCUGCGCAUUUCUGAACUCGGAUGGAAAGUGCCAUCACUUGUUGCGUAUCCAACCGACACAGCUCCUCUGGAUUAUCAUCUGUUACGUGCAUUGAGUCAUCAACUUCGAGAAAACAAAGUCAUUAGCAGGUCAAAAUUUGAAGUUGAGGUCAAAGUCGCGCAUUUUGACUCGCAUGCGCAGCUGUUCUGGGGGUACAGGAAAUGCUGA